AGAAAGAAUUAUAUUAUUUAAAAACUUCCAUGUUUUUGGGUUUUAUGUUUUAAUAAAAAAAGGAAAAAGAAAAAAAAGAAAAAAGUGUUGCUGAGUGUUGAGUGUCCCAGAGAGUGGAUGUUAUAACACUGGUCUCUCACUCGCGAGUUUGUUAUCAGUGACUGAGUUCUCACUUCCGAGUGUCUGAAAUGGGCAAGCCAGUUUUGAAAUUGACUCUUCCCCAAUUAGCUUUCUCCGUCCUUUUCUUGUUCAUUUUCUUUUCCUCUGUUUGCUCCGAUGAAGCUUCCAAAACCUUCAUCUUCCGUGUCGACUCGCAGUCCAAGCCAUCAGUGUUUCCCACUCACUACCACUGGUAUACCUCCGAGUUCACCCAACAAACUCACAUCCUCCACGUAUACAACACCGUUUUCCACGGCUUCUCCGCCUUUCUCACGCCCCAACAGGUAGCCUCCAUAAGCAACCACCCUUCCGUCCUCGCUGUCUUCGAAGACCGUCGCCGCCAGCUCCACACCACACGCUCCCCGCAGUUCCUCGGCCUCCGCAACCAGCGAGGCCUCUGGUCCGAAUCCGACUAUGGCUCUGAUGUCAUCAUCGGAGUCUUUGAUACCGGCGUCUGGCCUGAGCACCGCAGCUUUUCUGAUUUGAACCUCGGCCCAAUUCCCCGUCGCUGGAAAGGCGCGUGCGAAACCGGCGCCAGGUUCUCUCCCAAAAACUGCAACCGUAAGCUCAUCGGUGCCAGAUUCUUCUCCAAGGGUCACGAAGCUGGCGCGGCUUCCGGUCCUCUCAAUCCAAUCAACGACACCGUUGAAUUUCGUUCCCCUCGCGACGCUGAUGGCCAUGGCACGCACACCGCUUCCACCGCUGCGGGCCGCUACGCCUUCCAAGCUAACAUGUCCGGGUACGCUUCGGGAAUCGCGAAGGGAGUGGCCCCGAAAGCGCGAUUGGCUGUCUACAAAGUUUGCUGGAAAAACUCUGGCUGCUUCGAUUCUGACAUCCUCGCUGCAUUCGACAUCGCUGUCAGCGACGGCGUCGAUGUCAUUUCGAUAUCCAUUGGCGGUGGUGACGGUAUUGCCUCCCCUUAUUACCUCGAUCCUAUCGCAAUUGGGUCCUACGGUGCGGUUUCUAGAGGAGUGUUCGUGUCUUCUUCCGCCGGCAACGAUGGGCCAAGCGGAAUGACAGUGACCAACCUCGCUCCGUGGUUAACAACAGUGGGAGCGGGCACCAUUGAUCGUGACUUCCCGGCACAGGUGUUUUUAGGCGACGGGAGGAAGCUCUCGGGCGUGUCGCUCUACGCCGGAGCGGCGUUGAGUGGGAAAAUGUAUCAACUGGUUUACCCUGGGAAAUCAGGGAUUCUUGGGGAUUCCCUCUGCAUGGAGAAUUCCUUGGAUCCGAACCUGGUGAAGGGUAAGAUAGUAGUAUGCGACAGAGGAAGUAGCCCGAGGGUUGCGAAAGGGUUGGUGGUGAAGAAAGCCGGCGGCGUGGGAAUGAUUCUGGCGAACGGAAUCUCCAACGGCGAAGGACUGGUGGGAGAUGCUCAUCUUCUUCCUGCAUGUGCUGUUGGCGCCAACGAAGGAGAUGCAAUCAAGAAAUACAUCUCAACUUCGGCAAACCCAACGGCCACGCUUGAUUUCAAAGGCACCAUUCUUGGAAUCAAACCGGCACCGGUCAUUGCUUCUUUCUCGGCGAGAGGACCCAACGGUUUGAACCCUCAACUACUUAAACCCGAUUUGAUUGCUCCCGGUGUCAACAUCAUAGCGGCAUGGACCGACGCUGUCGGCCCGACCGGUUUGGAUUCGGAUACGAGGAGAACGGAGUUCAACAUCUUGUCUGGCACUUCCAUGGCUUGCCCUCACGUGAGUGGCGCAGCAGCUUUGCUCAAAUCCGCGCACCCUGAUUGGAGCCCCGCCGCCAUUAGGUCCGCCAUGAUGACCACCGCCACCGUCUUCGAUAACCGCAACCGGAUCAUGACCGACGAAGCCACCGGGAACAGUUCCACUCCUUAUGAUUUCGGCGCUGGUCAUCUUAACCUUGGACGAGCCUUGGAUCCUGGGUUGGUCUAUGACAUCACCAACAAUGAUUAUGUUAACUUCCUUUGUGGUAUUGGUUACGGACCCAAGGUUAUUCAGGUGAUUACUCGCACACCGGCGAGUUGUCCGGUGAGAAAGCCGUCACCGGAGAAUCUGAACUACCCUUCCUUUGUUGCCAUGUUUCCGGUUUCGUCCAAGGGAGUGGCGUCCAAGACGUUCAUUCGGACCGUGACCAACGUGGGGUCCGCGAACGCCGUUUAUCGCGUGAGCGUGGAGGCCCCGGCGAGUGGUGUGACCGUGACGGUGAAGCCAUCGCGGCUGGUGUUCUCGGAGGCGGUGAAGAAGCGGAGCUAUGUGGUGACAGUGGCAGGGGAUACCCGGAAUCUAAAGAUGGGUCAAUCUGGGGCUGUUUUCGGGUCGCUGACGUGGACGGAUGGGAAGCACGUGGUUCGGAGCCCCAUUGUCGUUACUCAAAUAGAUCCGUUAUAAACUUUGAUAUUGUGGUUUUGAUCGAUGCGGCGCGUGAGUAGUGAUGGAAGUGAGUGGCACCUCUCUAAGUUGCCACAGCUAAUAUAAGACAAUAGUCAAAUACUUUGUAUUUCUUUUUCUUUUUUAAUUAUUAAUUUAGGAUGUGUUUGGUUGAAGUGACAAGCAGAAGUUGUAAACUUUUGUCGUACUUUUUUAUAGUAAGUUUUUUUAUUUUGGAUUCAAUUAAACUUCACCCUGUAUUUUUAGA